AUGGCCCAGGACGCCGCUGCGUACCUCGCGUGCGUGCGCCGGACUACACCGCCGCCGCCGUAUGCCGCCCGGACUCCCCGCGCCACCCUUGCCCCUCCGCCACGCCAGCGCCUGCCCUCCCCUCCUACAAAUCCGGAGCCCCGGGCCCCGCCUCUCUCUCUGCUCGCACCACCGCCCCUCCCACAUCGUGCCGCCGCCGCCACUGCAUCUGGCCACCGCCCCGCGCUGCAGAUCGCCGCCGCCGCCGCCCCGCUGCCCCUCGCUGCACCGCCGCCUCGCGCAGCCGCCGUCGCCGCGAACCGUCGCCGCCGCCGUCGGUUUUUCCUCACUGAACCACCGAACCGGUAA